GGGGGCGGAAGGAUCUAACUUGUGACUAUUAGCAACGGAUCUUGUUAGCAAUUGUGCCCUCUUUUAUCUUAAGUUUUUUUUUAAACAGGGACGGUAUUUGUUGGCGUUUAAUCUCAUUGCACAUCCCGUUGCUUCAUGUGAUACUCCUGUGUGGACACGUUACGACCCGGUGUUUGUGUGUUUUCAUCGUAAAGCGCAGAUAAGCUGCUAAGCUCGUUAGCUCGCCAUGCUAACUCGCUGUGAAAAUCGCCAGCGGAAUUCCAGCUCGGAUUUAGCCGGAUAACCUCUCACGUUGGCGGUGAAAAAAAAAACACACACAUUCAGUGGGAAAGCAGGGGCCAGGUGACACAGUGCAGGAUGUCUCUUCCGUACGAGGAGCCUGCCGCUUUGACGGGAAGUUUCAGCGUGGUGGAGUCCUUCAGGGAUUUUGGCUACGGGACGGAGGAGCCGGACAUGGAUGAGAGUGCAGCAUCACCUGACAGCAAACCGAGGAUCCUGCUGAUGGGACUGAGACGCAGCGGCAAAUCAUCCAUACAGAAGGUUGUUUUCCACAAGAUGUCGCCCAACGAGACUCUGUUCCUGGAGAGCACCAGCAAAAUCUACAAGGAUGACAUCUCCAGCAGCUCCUUUGUCAACUUCCAGAUCUGGGACUUCCCCGGCCAGGUGGACUUCUUCGACCCCACCUUCGACAGCGAGAUGAUCUUCAAGGGAACGGGCGCCUUGAUUUUUGUCAUCGAUGCCCAGGAUGAUUACGUAGAGGCUCUCGGCAGGUUACAUCUCACCGUAUCUCGAGCCUACAGAGUCAACCCGGAAAUCAACUUUGAGGUAUUCAUCCAUAAAGUAGACGGUCUGUCAGACGACCAUAAGAUCGAGACACAGAGAGACAUCCAUCAGAGGGCCAAUGACGACCUGGCAGAUGCGAGUCUGGAGAAGCUUCACCUCAGCUUCUACUUGACCAGCAUCUACGACCACUCCAUAUUUGAGGCUUUCAGUAAAGUCGUCCAGAAGCUCAUUCCCCAGCUGCCAACUUUGGAGAACCUUUUGAACAUUUUUAUUUCUCACUCUGGGAUCGAGAAAGCCUUCCUGUUUGAUGUCGUCAGCAAGAUUUACAUCGCCACCGACAGCUCUCCUGUGGACAUGCAGUCCUACGAGCUCUGCUGCGACAUGAUAGAUGUUGUCAUUGACGUCUCCUGCAUUUAUGGGCUAAUGGAAGAUGGCAGCGGCUGUGCCUAUGACAAGGAGUCUUUGGCUAUCAUCAAGCUCAACAACACCACGGUCCUCUACUUGAAAGAGGUCACAAAGUUCCUCGCUCUCGUCUGUAUCCUCCGAGAGGAGAGCUUCGAGAGGAAAGGUUUGAUAGAUUACAAUUUCCACUGUUUCCGCAAAGCCAUCCACGAGGUGUUUGAAGUCGGCUCCUCGGCGCAACACGCGGACAGGAUGAGAGCCGGCUCGCCCAGCAACAGCCUGGCCAGCCUGAAAUACGCCGCGCUGAAUGGAAACGCCGUGUAAAAGACGAGAAGUUGUGAUUCUUUUGUUUACCUGGAUUGCUGUGAGGGCACAUGUGGGAAAAUAAUGACAAAAAAGACACAUUACUGGUGUGCAAGAGAUGCUCAGUGCUGAAAAUCACCUUGAUGUGAAGCUGCAGCUGGUAUUACACAUAUCAAAGUCAUCUGUGACAGAAUAAUGAGGAUUCACAUCAGCCUGUAUUUUUGUACAAACAACUGAGGUGAAUAUUUUGCACGCAGGACUUUUGACUGAACCUGGUUCUUCUCUACUUUUGGUUUGAGCGAGGAAGAAAUUAGCCGAUGAAAGCGAAAGCGAUUCCUCCAUAUCCUCGUCUCAAAUUGUCUUUUACAGUAAACUGCAUAAUACUGCCUAAUAAUAUAUUUUCAGUCUGUUUAUUGAGGCAUAGUUGAGAUUUAUUUUAUUACAGAUUACACAUGCCAAAAAUUAAUAUAAGCAUCUUAAAUCCUACCUUUUUGCAUACAAAGAGUUACUGGUGUGAAUACAUGUGACGAGCCCUGGUAGCUGUGUUUACCAUUCUGCCCAAUUAGAUCUGUUUUCUGCAGCGUUCAAAACACUUGUGAAAUAUACUAGUGACACAGUUUUAGUGCUUGCUGUAAAACCGAGCACCGUGUAAAUGCUCCUUUGACUUAAGAGGCUGUGGUCCAAGUAUUUUUCCAUGACUUAUAUCUCCCACAGCAGGCGCAGGCUUGUUUCAUGUCCUCGCUCAUUUGAUUUUGAAAUAUUGAGUGGUGUAAGUGGGAUUAAGUCACAGUACAUUGAGCACAGUGUUUGUUCCUCAGCAUAAACCAGCAGCGCUCGGUAUAUUUUCUGUUGAUAAUGACUCAUAGGACUAGUGACCAGUGUUCUGCUCAGGAUCCUGACAGACCUUAACUGUGCCAGUUAGACCAUUAGAGUCUCCUUUGAUUUACGGUCUUUCGACGAGGGCAGACAGCAGAAUGUGGCCCUUAAUGGAGUCCGCGAUGACUGAUGAUGCUUUUCACUCGGGACAGCCCCGCCGCGCCUCCCGACACCAGGUUCUCAUGGCUUGAUGAACAUUGGGCCAGAUUUUCAAAGGAGGAUAUUCUGUUUGUAGUGUUUGCUUUUCAGCGCAAGUGCAAGUUGAGUGGGACCUGAAUAUUUCAGCUGCCGCAAGGUUAUUAAUAUUAUUUUUGUAUUGUUAUUCUUGUACGUCAUGCUUUAAUAGAGUAAUAUAAUAUUUCAUACUGGGUUCAACUUAAUCCUAAGGAGAACAAGUUUUAAAAAGCAAGGGAAAUGUGAAUGUCUGGACCUAUUUUGUCUGAAAUUGUGAGCAUUAAAUUUAUUUUUUCAUCCUU